ACCUCGAGAGAAACUUUCAUUGAUUUUGGUUUUAUAUUUCCUGAGAUGGAUGCUUUGUUGGAGGUUUCGCUAGAUAAAUUAUCAUAUUCAAGGAACUUCCCACUCUGGAUUGAAGAAUCCUCGACGAUUAUGAUGCUUGUACUCUAGAUAUGGUUGAGUAAAGCCCGUCUCUAGACCGGAGCAAUGGUGGAUGUAAUCGAGGCCGUGUGCGAGGUCUACAUUUAGAGCUCCGGCAACCCAAAUAGAGAGGUUCAGGUCGGGUCAGAGGCGGUGUGGUGUGGAGCGGAGGACGUAGAUUAUGAGCGGGAAGAUCUCUAGCGUGGGAGGACCCAAUCAGAUCCACGCGACGCGUUCUUCGAAUGCGCCGUCGGUUCCGGCUCGGACGAGUUGGUCGAGUCAGGGAGUGCCGAAGCCGUGCGGAUUUAGCGAUUCGGAGAUGAAGAAGAAGCGAAGCAUUGCCAAGUAUAAGGUGUACAUUGUGAAGGGGAAAGUGAAGGCUUCCUUGAGAAAGGGCCUCCAUUGGAUCAAGAACAAGUGCUCCCAGAUCGCCCAUGGUUACUAGACAAUCAAAUUUUUGCAAUUUGUGGCUCUAAUUAUCUACACGCGGGAUUGAGUGGGGCCCGAGAGUGAUGUGGCAAGAUCUUGAUGGAAUGGAUUAGAUGGUCUUUUAUCGUUUUCUGCACCUGGUUUCCCUUUUUUUUCAUUACUUGUGUACUUCAAUUAUUUCUAAUUAUUUGAUUUUUUAAAAAAUUUUUGGCUUUUGCGCGUUAACAAAAUGUUAAAACUUAA